AUUUGCAAGCGUUCAUUUGACAUUGGCAAAGACAAAGUGAGGGACCACUGCAAUUUCACAGGGAAGUAUUGUGGAGCAGCUCACUACAAAUGCAACCGACAAUUUAAGAAGCCAAAGUUCACACCUGUGAUAUUCCACAAUUUAGCAAACUAUGACUCUCAUCUAUUCGUUAAGAAUCUUUCUUAGUAAAAGCGAGGGAAGCAUCAAAUGUAUUCCAAAUAAUGAAGAAAAGUACAUUAGCUUCAGCAAAGAUGUCGUUGUUGGCUCUUACAUCAACAAGGAAGGGCCUAGAGAAGUUAAAGUCAGGAAUGAGCUUCGCUUUAUUGACAGCUUCAAGUUCAUGGCUUCUUUCCUUGGGAAAUUGGUAAGUAAUUUGAGUCAUGAAAGCCGAGGACUGGGUCUCAAAGAGACUAAGCUGAAGGAAACUUAGAGGGUCUUCAUGAACAAAAUCGAGUGGGUCUCGUGGAAAGGUGUGCAUCCAUACGACUACAUGAGCAGCAUUGAAAAGUUCAAUGAAGCAGAACUACCUCCCGAAGAAGAGUUCUAUUCAAAGCUGAACAACAGCGAUAUUUCACAUGAAGACUAUGAGUAUGCACAGAAGGUCUGGAAAGAGUUCAAAAUGAAUACUAUGGGAGAUUACCAUGACCUUUAUCUCAAGACAGACGUUCUCCUGCUUGCAGAUGAGUUUGAAGAGUUUAGAAAUGUUUGCGUUGAGAAUUAUAAGCUCGACCCAGCUUGGUAUUUCACUGCUUCUGGAUUGGCUUGA